GAAUACGUUUAUUGUUACCCUUAGCAACACAAUAAUCAUGGCGUCUUUAAAGUUUCGUUUGUGUCCUAUGAAUACAAUACGAUGUAGUUUAAAUAUCCACUGCUGUUGCUCGUCCUUUUACUGUUUUAUGCCCUUUUACGGAAGCCUCAGACUGAAUUAUUAACCGCGUGGUGAGACAUCACAAACUUUGCUUUCUCUCAGACAGUUUACGUUUCUUAAGGCAAACUGGUCUAAUAAGUAAAAUGAAUAACGAUAUUAUUGAUUUACUUGAAAGUGUGAAAGUUGCUAAAGCUGAAAUAGAAAGAAUAGAAAAAGAAAAUGUCAAUAUCAACCAGUUUUUUCCAUCGAUACCUCACAACUUUGAAAAAUAUUCAACUGGAGAAACAAGUUAUUGGCCUGAACUGAUGAGCUCAGUGUCUUGUGCAAAAUCCAAGAAAGGAAAAUGUUCAGCAAAAACAUUCAGCUGUGACAUGAAUUUGCAUAAAAAUGCAAAUGCUUUAUUAAUGAAUACAACAUCUCCAGAUAAAAAAGAAGAAAAUGAAGAUGAAAAUACAGAAGAACAAAAAGCAGAAGAGAUAACAGAGCAGUCAUUAAAUGACACUGCACUACAGAUUGUAUCUGAAGAUAAAGAGGAAUCUGAAGAUGCUCCUGUGUUCACAUCUCUGCAAGAAGCUCAAACCCAAAAUUUUGAUGAAUACGGCUCAUUUGUAGAGGCAGAAAAUGUGGACGAAGAUACAAAAAGGGAAUAUCUAAUUCACUGCGAAAGUAUAUUUGACUCACUAGUAUGGGUCAGCAAAACACCUAUCGUCAAUAAUUUUAACUUGCGGAGACAAAGCUUGAUUGAAUCAAGUAUUGCUAAAGACAUAAUGUCAGCUAAGAAUUACAAGUCAGAAAAGAACUACUCUGAGUGUUUGAAAUCAUUAAGCAAAGCAGUUAUGAUGGACUUCAAUAACCCUUUCUACCUAGCUGACCGAGCAGAAGUCUAUAUCAUUCUUGGAGAUAUUCAGUCUGCUGUGCAAAAUUACAGCCGAGCUGUAUUCCUCUACCAAAGCUCACCAGUCUUUAGAUCUCGUUUAGCCAAACUUUACUGCUUUCAGGGACAAGCCUUUCUUGACUUCAGAAUGUAUCAUCAAGCUUUUAAAGCUUUUCUCAAAGCUUCCAAGUGGGAUCCUGAACAGUUAAUAUACAAAGCUAAAAGUUUCAGCUGUCAGGUGAAGAUGAAUUGCAUGCCUCAAGCUUGGGCAACUCUUACCUCAUUGAUACACGAGUACCCUGACAACUUAGACCUCAUUGUGAUGAAGGCUCGUCUUAGGCACCUCUCUGGAGAGUAUGCCUUGGCAUUUUAUGACUUGGAAAGCAUUGCUGAAAACAAAGACUGUGCUAGUGUUCGUGCAAUGCUAGAAACAAUCAAAAACAAAGCAAAGAAAUAUUGGCAAGUGGCCAUCAAGCUGAACAUGCGACAAGAUUUCAAUCCGGCCAUCAAAAAAAUUAAUUUGGCCAUUAAAUUAUGGCCAACCCAGGCCAAGUUCUAUUUUCUCAGAGGUGUCCUGUACCGUCACAUCAAUAAGUUCACUUUAUCCAUCGAUGACCUGAUUCUGGCCCUUCAAAAGAGCACCCCUGAAGAGAAGGAGACAUUUGCUUCUGAUGCUGAGAAACAGCUUUUGCUGACCUUCAACGAUUUCUCAGUAGAAUGUUUCACCAAUGGAUAUUUUGAUGAUGCCAUCCAGCUGCUCAACAAGGCCAUCUCUGUGGAGAAGAUGCAGAAAGGGCUCUACCUGAACAGGGCUGAAUGUUUUUAUCAGAAGGGAGAUUACCAUUUUGCUCUGCAGGACUAUGAACAAGCCUUGGAGUUAGAUCCCUUGGACAGGAAAUAUUUUCCUAGGAUUUCUGAACUCAGUUACUUGUUAGCACUACAGUACUACACUGACCGAAACUUUGAGGAAUCUGUAGUAAAAUUGGACAAGGCAGUAAGUUACUCACCAAUCUCUGGCCAAUUAUAUAUCUUGAGAGCCAAGUGUAAACGCAUGUUACAGGAUCUGUGUGGUGCCAGACAUGACAUCUUACUUGGUUUCCACUUGAUGCCAACCAGCAAAGAUAUCCUACCGGUCUUUGGAUACCUCUUUCCAUCCAUCCCAACAAAACAUAUAUUGACUAGUCCACAAGCAACACAAGCCAGAGUUUUAGCUGAAGAGUUGCUCUCUGAUCCACUUCACCAAAGUAUAGAAAGAACCUUCAGUUUCACUGCAGAUGAGAAUAGUGUGCUAACAUCCCUGAUUACUGACCCAUUAACUGUGUUGGGUAAUCAACCACCAACACUCCUCCAGCCAAGUUUCUGUUCUACUCCUGAUUUGCUUCAAGAAAAGAAAAGGAUCAGUACAAAAAUCAAGCAAGUUCAUUCAAAUAAAGACCUUCUGCAACCGUCAGAUCAUAAAUUAACAACAUCAUCAAAUGCUUCUCUCUGGGAAACAGCAUUUUCCAAAUUUGCAACAGAUUCAAAGACAAAGACACUCAAAAUUCCUUCAGCAGUGAAUAGCAAAAUGGAGACAACAACAGAAAGGGAAGAAGAAACUUAAAUUUUGAUUGUGGGAAAAUUAAAAUGUUGACUACUGGGAAGUAUGGAGUAUGUGCAUAUGUGUGUGGCACACACGCACACACACACACACACACACACAGAGGUAUGUGUCUUGUAUAUAUGUGUGUCUGUGUGAGUGUGUGUAUAUAUUUAUAUGCACACACAUACACACACAUAUAUAUAUACAUAUCUCUCUCUAUAUAUACACACAUGUGAAUUUGAUCAUAUAUAUAUUUUUGUAUUUGUUAGCUAUAAAGGGAUUCAAGGUUUCAAGUCACUGAUAUAGAAUUACAUCUAACAAAUAAAGAAAUAUAUUACAAUUCUAUAUUUGUGAGGUGAGGAAUUUAUAUUAUGUACAGUGGUUACAUUAGUUGGACUGGUGUCUUCAUCUUGGUUGUUGCUUUCACAGCAUUUCAGCUGUGUACACUCCAGCCUUCUUCAGACGUCUCAUGAUUCACCUUAGUGCUUUGCAAAACCUCUAGGUGACUACACUGCAUUAACCAAAGCCUUUAUCCACUAUGCUACAAGCAUAACAUAAUAGAUAAAGGCAUUGGUUAAUGCAAUGACGCAUGAAGAAGGCUGGAGUGUACACAGCCAAAACAUUGUGAAAGCAAAAAUCAGGAUAAGGAGACCAGUCUGACUAAUGUAAACACUGUACAUAAAGAAAUAUACAUGUGUGUGUAUGUGAGUGCAUACAUGUGGUUGUGUGCGUGUUUGCGUGUGUGUUUGUGUAUGUGUGUUUGUAUGUGUGUGCAUGUGUGUGUGUGUGUAUAUAUAUAUAUAUAUAUAUAUGUAUGUAUGUAUGUAUGUAUGUAUAAAAACAAAAAGAAGAAAAUGCUUUGAAAACUGUCAUGUAUAAAAGAAAGAAUUUAUUUACACUUUGUAAAUACUCUGUAAAUAUAAAUGUUAAAUAUAUUCUUUCAUUUAUUCCUGAUGAAGUUCACAAAGCAUUUCCUUCUUUAUUGUUUUUUAAUAUAAAUUUACUCGUG